ACGCAACAGCGAAAGCAAAAGCAAAAAUAAAACAACAAAAAAAAAUAAAUUAAAAAAAAUCAUAUUUCUUUUCAUUUCUUCCUCUCUUUUUCUUUCCCACAAAACUGAAAAGAAAAGAAAAGAAAAUUCAGGAACUUCCUACAAACUUCUUUCUUCUUUCUUCUCCAGAGAUGGGUUCUGUUGCUGCUGCUAUGUUUCUCCUCCCAAAACAGAUCAAACAACCUUCUUUCAAGAAACAUAAAAACACUUCUCAGUUCCUUCAUCAAGCCGCACCCAAAAAGCAUCACAUGGUCCCGGUUGCUAGGCUGUUUGGGCCGGCUAUCUUCGAAGCAUCGAAGCUGAAAGUUCUGUUCUUGGGAGUAGAAAAAGAGAAGCACCCUGGCAAUUUACCAAGAACUUAUACGCUUACGCACAGCGACAUCACUUCCAAGAUCACCCUUGCAAUCUCUCAGACUAUCAAUAGAGCUCAGCUCCAAGGUUGGUAUAACAGAUUACAAAGAGAUGAAGUCGUCGCGGAGUGGAAGAAGGUCCAAGGAAAGAUGUCACUCCACGUUCAUUGUCACAUAAGCGGCGGCCAUUUCUUGUUGGAUUUUAUUGCUAAUCUCAGACACUACAUCUUUUGCAAGGAACUCCCUGUGGUGUUGAAGGCCUUUGUUCAUGGAGAUGGGAAUCUGUUCAACAACCAUCCAGAGCUGGAAGAAGCUCUUGUUUGGGUCUACUUCCACUCCAACCUCCAGGAAUUCAACAGGGUGGAGUGCUGGGGCCCACUCAAGGAUGCAAUGGAAGGUGGAGAUUGGGUGGGAAGCCAGUUCUCAAUGGAAGAAGAGCCAAAGAGCAAUUGGGUUAGGCCACCAACCCCCUGCUCAGAGGAGUGCAGUUGUUGCUUCCCACCAAGGAGCUUAAUCCCAUGGCCCCAUGAUUUUGAACAGGAGAAGGCCCACCUCAGGUUACACCAACAGCAAUGAUGAAAUGGGAUGAGAUGGCCCAUCUCAGCUUACAUCAACAGAAAUGAUGAAAUGGAAUGAGAUGGUCCACCAUCACAGAUUACAAAAUCAACAGAAGCAGCAAUCAUGAAAUGAUAUUUGCUAUAUUUUAUUUUUAUCUAUGGCUGAUUAAUCAUAUUCAUAGGUGGUGAAUUUAAAGCUUGUAAAUUAUGUAAAUAAAUAUCAGUGGGCCCAAAAGCCCUUAAAAAUGAAAAAAAUAA